AUGCAGAGAGGCGCCUAUCAAAUGGGACCUUCACAAAUGCCGCCAAAUGGAAUGAUGAUGAAUACUAUUCCUUCUAAUACAGGAACACCACCACUUCAACAUUCAAAUUAUGGAAUGCAGGGGCAAAUGCCAAUUCAUGGGCAACCUCCUAGUGGUAUGGGACCACAACAUCAAAUGGGACAACAAAUAAAUUUAGAAAGUAAAAUAUAUGAUAUGAAUCGUCGUUUAUGCUUUUUUCAUACAGCUAAUAUUCCUGAACAAGACUGGGGUGCAUGGUGGAAUGCUUUUGCAUUUGAAUUUUUUGAUGAUAUGGCAAAAAUUCAACUCCAUUUGUAUGAUGAAAAUUUACCUCCACAAAAAUAUAUUUUUGGGAGAGCAAUUAUACCAAAAUUUUUUAAGGCAUUAUUUGAAGGUGGAAUACGUGAAAUGUAUAUAGCUCCAAGAAUGCCUUGUAGAGAAGGAAUUUCAAAUAACUAUCCAUUAAUAUUUUUAGAUUGUGAUAAUGCACUUUUACACACAAAACAUGAAAGACCCGCAAUGCUCGAUGUACAGACUGACAUAAGAUUUCUUAUGGAAUUUUCUUUAGAUAUGUCAGGAUAUAGAAUUAGGAAUUGGACAUUAGAAUUAAAACAUUGUUUAUAUUUUAAUUGGAAAGAUCAAAAUCAAAAAAAUGAUAAUAUGAUAUUAGAUAAACUAAAAUUAGGAUUUGCUCAUCUUGGUUUAAAUCAACAUGCUUUAAAUACCAUAAAAAUGGCAAGUAUAUUAGAACCGAUGCAAAUAUUAUUUUCUAUUCAUAAAACACAAGGAAUUCAACCAAAAGAAUGUGUUGGACAUGCUGUAAUGCAAUAUCAUUUGAAGACGCAGCAGAAUCAAAGAAUACAGGAGCAACGAAUAGCACAACAAAGAGUAGGAAUGCCUGGACCAUAUGGACCUGGUGCUCUUCCACCACAUAUGGUAAUGGGAAUGAGACCUGAAGAGUCAGUGCCGCCACCUAAAAAAACAAGAAAAAGGAAUAAAAGGAAUGCUGCUGCAACAAAUUCAGGAACAGCAGUUACAGAUUCUUCAGAAUCUGCUAGUAAAAAAAAAGCAGAUGGAAGUUCUAAUAGUGUAAAAAAUGCUCAGAUAAAUAAUAAUUUAAUACCUGCCACAACUCCAAAUGGUUCACAAAUACCACAAGCACCUUAUAAUGAUUUGAUGGUUGUUGGUGAGCCAACAGUUAUGGGAGGAGAUUAUGGUUCAGGGGAUGAAAGAAAAAUAUCUCGUGUAGAAAAUAAUCCUAUAAGUAUAAAUGACCCAUCACACCAGCAACAACCUAUUUCAAAUCAACCUAUGAUGCAACCGAAUUUUCAAGGUAUGCCUAAUCAGCAACCAUCUGGAUCACCACAAUCACAACAACAAAAUUUAUUUAAUUAG